UGGCCUGUUUGACGAGGUUUUCGUGGUUGCUCGUAUCUGUGUGUUUGGUGUUUUAUUCGCUAGCUAACGUUGCAUCGGCUCCAGCUAUGAGUGCAAUUAUUCCUCGCAUAGAGCAGCUGUCCGCCCGAGUUGUCCGGGUUUUGGGCUGCAACCCGGGACCGAUGACUCUGCAGGGAACCAACACUUACCUGGUUGGCACUGGGGAAAGGAGGGUGCUGAUAGACACCGGAGAACCUGCUGUGCCAGAAUACAUCAGCAGUCUGAAACAGGCUCUGACACAGUUCAACACCAGCAUACAGGAAAUCAUUGUCACACACUGGCAUCACGACCACACGGGAGGAGUGGAAGACAUCUGCAGGGACAUCACUGGUUCUGAGGUACGGGUCAGCAAACUGCCUCGCUCCAGUCAAGUCACAGACACGGCUGGAAACAAGAGCUAUACUUUCCUAAAAGAUGGAGACGUCGUCCAGACAGAAGGGGCUACACUCAAAGUUUUGUUCACCCCGGGCCACACUGACGACCACAUGGCCCUGCUGCUGGAGGAGGAGCAGGCACUCUUCUCUGGAGACUGCAUCCUGGGCGAGGGCACGGCCGUGUUUGAGGAUCUCUACGACUACAUGAAAUCUCUGAAGAUCCUGCUGGACUCUAAGGCCGACCUCAUCUACCCUGGUCACGGCCCUGUGGUUCAGGAUGCUGGAUCUAAGAUCAGACACUACAUCAGCCACCGGCACCAGAGAGAGCAGCAGAUCCUGGCUGCCAUUCAGGACGGAGCAGGAAAGCCUUUCUCCUCCAUGGAGCUUGUAAAGAUUGUCUAUAAGGACACCCCCGAAUACCUGCACCAAGCAGCUAAUGUGAACUUGGUCCAUCACUUAAAGAAACUGGAGAAAGAAGGCAAGAUUAGCCUGGUUACUGAGUCCUCACAGAACACCCAGUGGAAGAGUAACCUGUGAUGUCCACCAACACAGUGAUGAAAUGGACUGAUCAUUGGGCCAUGAAGAUGAAAUUCAUUCUGUCAACACUUCAGAAUAUGUCAGGUGGAAAAUGAUAACCCUUCAGCAUAAUGUUUGUGCUUAAAUGCCUUAAGUGUCAGUUUUGUUGCCUUGGAGGUUUCCUGACUUGGAGUACACAGAACAAAACCAAAAACCGGAGCCACCAGGACUGAGCUGCAGCCUGUGUCAAAGUUUAUCAAGGCUGAAGUUUGUCUGGUGUUCAGCUGAAUUUUGCCUGUAGCUGAAAGGAAGAUUAGUCCCAUCCUACAGCGUGAUCAGUGUGCUGCAGUGCCCUCAUUUGGCAGAAUUAAAUUGCUUGUCUUCCUUGCCGUCUUCCUUCUAGAAGGCUUUUUCCCCAUAAGUUUAGCCUCUCAGGCAGCAGUAAAUACAGCACGCAUUGUACGGUAUAUCACUGAAUUUGCUUAUGUCUGAAGCCCUGAUGGAGUUUCCCAGAAAUUAAUUUUGUUUACUAGUGAAUCUUGUGCCAAGGAAUAUUUGAUUGGGGGAAAAGUUCUCAUUUUCUCAGACAUGAGAAUGAGAAGAUGUGCAUGGGAAGCACUGGGUAAAGGAAAGUCAGAAGGAAAAAGAAAUAGGGCUGAGAGUAUAGUCCAAAUGAAAUGUGUGUGUUCCCAAAAACUGUUGACUGUGACAAAUGACAGAUGCUCUUGCAUAAACUUUGAUUUGAUUUAGUUCCUGUC